AAACUGAUCGCGCAGCAAACAACAAAGUGUUCGAUCAUUUCGCAUUGGUUCUCCGUCGCGAUCGGUUUAGCACUUUCGGUUGGAUCCUCCUAAAUCCAAGUCGAGACAAACUCGUGUGCGCGCGCCGCUCUUCGAUCGCCUCCCGUGAGAAGACUUUAUAACUGCAGUAGUGCAACCUUCCUGGAGGCCACCAAAGACUUCCAUUCGGACACAUAAAAGUCGCGGCUGGCCGCUGGCUGUGGACUUAGCAACAACAACAACAAGUAACCCGCGAAACUUGCGAAACUUCGGCAAGGGUAAAGCGCUUUACCGCGUUUCUUCUUUCGUCCAUAAUUGGAUUCGUCUUCCUUGUGCGCGGAUUUCGUGAAAUGCCUAGCCAGAAUCGAAGAGCGCACAUUUAAAUAGUGAAUCGAAGCAACCGUGAAAUUAAACUUGCCAAACCGAAGUGUGCUAAAACUUUAUUUUUUUACUCAAUUCUCCCAAAAAAAAAUAAGCAUCGAUCGCAGAUGGCUAUGCUAAAGUUCGACGAAAACAAAGUGCCCUACAUCGACCUGGGCAAGGAUUACUGCGUCCGGCUCGAGAACGACGAGUUUACCGAUGCCAAGUCCAAGGAGAAGGCAGCACGUGAACUGCGCGAGACGCCCGACGUCGUCGCCGAGGCGCUCAAGGAACUGAGGGCCAAACUACAAGAGGAAAAAUCCCUGUACGUCCCCAUCGACGAUGACUCGUUUCUGAUGAAGUUCCUUCGACCGUGUAAAUUCUACCCGUCGAGUGCGUUCGCCCUGAUUCAACGCUACUAUCGGUUCAAACUGAAACACCCGGACGCGUGCGAAGAGCUACUGCCGUCGACGGUGCAACACGUGUACGAUGAGGAUUUGCUGCACUUCCAACCGCUGCGCGAUCAAAACGGCUGCCGGAUUCUGGUGAUGCAAGUGGGCAGAAAAUGGAAACCCUCCAAAGUGUCCCUGAACGAUCUGUUCCGCGCCAUGCAGGUCGCCCUCGAAGCCGGUAUGACCGAACCCCGAACGCAGCUGAACGGUGCCAUCGUCAUUCUGGACAUGGAUGGUCUGUCGCUGUCGCAGAUUCUCCAAUUUACGCCCCGUUUUGCGGCCAUGGCCGUCGAAUGGGUCCAGGAGUGCACUGCGAUCCGACUGAAGGCGAUCCACAUCGUGAACAAUUCCUAUCUGUUCAACAUGCUGUUUACCAUCUUCAAACCGUUCCUGUCGGAGAAACUGCGAAAGAGGAUCUCAUUCCACGGCAAGGACUGGAAAUCUUUGACAUCAUUCGUUGAUCCGAUAUGUCUGUGGCCACGCUAUGGUGGUACCCUGGAUGCUCCGGAAUUCGAGGGACGAUUGGUCGGAGAACUUUUCGCACUGUACCAAAAAGAAUAUGAAGUUGCCAAUUCAUACGGAUACACCAAAAAAGUGUAGGAUGUACUUCAAUAAGCUCAACUAAUCGGUACUUAUACCAACUCUGCGGAAUGAGUACCUUCUAAGAAGAAGCACAUUUACUGGGAAGCACUCUGAUAAUGAUGAUGAUGAUUAUGUGAUAAAAUAGUAUUCCAUAAAAAAAGACGAAACGAAGCCAUUGGUUCAAAUAUCUAUGUUCGAUUUAAAAUUAUUCGUUAUUAGGUUGUACGUGUAAAUAAAUUAUGUUUAGCUAAACGGUUCA